GGAAUACUCUUUGCAGUAUUUGUCAUUCUUGUUAUGUUAAUUCUGUUCAUAUCUGAAAAUAUGUUUGUUGGAAUUUUCCUUCCAGUUCAAGUGGUGUUCACGUUGCGGAUCGAUAAACAACCGAUAUUAUAUGAGUGUCAUUUGGAAGAUUUACCAUUGAUCAGCGAACAAGAGUACAAUUAUUUGAUCAAAUACUUCUCCUUUGACAUAUAUGCGCAAAAUUUUAUAAAGUCACUCGGUGCGGAAACUAUUGUUAAGGCUACUUUACCGUCUCGAGGUACGGUUCAUUAUGCUUAUCCAGACUGGGAAGCGCAAUUAAUGCAGUUGGCAAACGAGUCCACAAACGGACUGAAAUUGAAAUUUCGAAUUUAUCUGCGAAGAAUGCGUAUCCAGGAACAGACUGACAAUUUACUGAAAAAAACGGAUACAACACCGCUGGAAACUGCUCGUGAAUGGGAAAUGGAAAUAGAGCGACAGGAGUUGAAACAUUUUGCAGAUGUACUUAAAUCAUCAAACUGCUCAGAUAUUUUCGAAAUAGAUAUUUCGGAAAUAAUUCGACCACUGAUCACUGUACCCAACGGUGGUCUAAUGUAUGAAAAUCCAACCAUCAGUGAAGAUCAAUUCAAUCACCGUUUCGCUUAUUUCAAUUAUUCAUUUAAAUAUAUCACAAGAUUAAUGUUAAAACCAGACUGUGCAACUCGUGUAGAGGGAGUUUCGGUACCGCAUAUUGUUACGUUGGAACAAUAUGGCGUUAGCCAUGAUGGUUCGAUGAUUGGCGCAAUGGGCGCACCACGAUUUUUAUUUUUUGUCUCUAAAGUUUCUUCAAGCUAUCUAAGACUUUUGAAUAUUUCUACUCCGUCAUUGGUAAUGACAUUUGCAAUGGUGUACUUGCUUAGCUUUAAGCUGCGCGAUAUACUGAUGACAAAGCCAUUUGAGCUCACUUUUCGAGAAUUGGGUGAUCCAAGUCGUUUAAUACGACUUUGCGCUAGUAUAAGUAUAGGGCCAAUGAAGCAUGCUUUUCACGAAGAUUCUGCAGGGAAUGCCUGUUCAAACUGUCAAAUUAUGCAAUUUAAAGUAGAAAUUCGCAACGCCAAACUCAAUGAACUGCAAGCAAAACGUAAAGAGCGUACUGAUAGUCAUAUUUCCAACAUUUCAAAAAUGGACGGAGACGCGAGGAAAAGUGCUAAGAUGUUUGCUCGUACCACAAAGAUGAUUAAUUGGGAGACUCGAUAUCUACGUAACGUUGAACGCAAAAUUCUCACUCUGAAUUUGGCGUUACAGAAAAACUGUAACGAAGGUGUGGAACUAUUGGCAGUGAAGGAGAAUGUGGAAAAAAGAUUCAAGGAAGAACACGAGAAACAAAAGAGAGAAAUGGAAAAUGCUGCAAGAAAAAGGCUAGAGGAGGGAAAGCGACAAUGCCAUUUGAAGGCUGUAGAAAUCGUUCAAUUUGAACGUAUGCUCAAAAAAGCUCACGAAGAGAAUAUGGAACUUUGCUAUCGCUUUCAUAGAGCUGUUAAUUCUCUUCAAAGCGUGAAAUUUGCUGCAGAAGAACCUGCAAAUUUCCAACACCACUUAGAAGAGAAGUUAAGUGAUCUUGUGAAGAAAUUUCGAAAUGAGGCAAAUAAUUCGGAAACAAAGGUGAUGAAGUAUGUAUUAAAUUAUUUUGAGGCUGCAGUGGAAGUUAUCCUAAGUGAUGAGCCUCAUCUCUGCUAUUUGAUCAGAUCAAGCACAGCCUUGGCUUUAGUAAGGAGUGAAGAAACAAAUGAAAGGCUCCAAAUAACGACCGCAAGUAGCAAUGCGAACGAGAAAUCUGUUAGGAAGGAAAAGAAGAAAGCUUUGGCGGUGCGAAUUCGCAUAGAAUUUCUUUUGCAUAAUUAUUGUGUACAAAAUGGUUCAAUUGUUGGUGAUGAUCGUUGUUGA